AUGGUCGUUGUCUCGUUUCUACAGCUGAUAUCACUAUUACUACUACUGAUCUGUUGCACAAUCGGAAAAGGAGAAGGAGAUGUUAAUCGUCAGCGACGACAAGGAGUCGAUGGAAAUAAUCUUAAUACAGGUAUUUUAUCAAGAAACUCGGAUAGAUUCAUAUCUUCGAAUAAUGUUCAAUUUAUUCCAUCGAAUAAUCCAAAUAUGGCUGUCUCUAAUGAUCGAAAUAAUCAACAGCAAUCAAAUAAUAAUUUAUUAGCAUCAUCUCAAGGACAAGCACCAAUAGUUCGCAGUCGUGGUUUUUAUGAUAGUCCAGCAUUUAAACCACCAUCAUUUUCUGGUGAAAAACCAGUCGGUUGGUUCGAUACAAAAUAUCCAAAUUGGGUAUCAAAUCAGAAUGGACAAUUAGAUCAGAAUAAUGUGGUUAAUGGAAAAAAUGGAGCACCAAGCAGUCUUCAAGGCAAAUUUAUUCAACCAAACAGAGAAGAUGGUGGACCAGCGCUUCUUCAAAAAGUAGCUAAACAUUAUGCCAGCAAAGGUGACAAAGCAUAUAAUUUCGAUGGCCAACAUGGUCGUGGCUCUGUUUGUUAUAAUGAUCAAAAUUAUAAUGGAUAUACAUUUGGUAAAUUUCGAUGUCCAUUACCAGCCAGUACUGGUAUGAAUCAACACGAUGAAUAUUGUUGUGGAUCUGCAAAUUAUCAAUAUUGUUGCAAUGCACAAGAAUUCCGUCAAGGUCAAAAUGAUGUAUUUGAUAAUAAUCGUCAUUCGAGACAUUAUCAUCAUUCACGAACAUUAAAUCGAGCUCUUGCUGUUAUAUUACCUUUUGUUGGUAUUCUUGUGAUAGCAGGUGCUGGUAUUAUUAUCUUUUUCUAUUAUAAAAAACUUCAAAAAGAACACAAUAAACAUAGUAAAUCAUCUGCUGUUACUCGAUUGAAUGAUAAUUAUUCAGCCAUUCCUCAAGAUGCACCCGUUGAAAGACCGAUAGUUAAUCAACAUGAACAGCAAAAUACUUCUGUUCAAGCUUAA